CAUGGAACUAAAGGAGUGUUUGAGCUUCUGUCUGGAUGGCGGAGAACCAAAGAGAACUUGCCCUUCAAAGACAGGAUAGCAGACGCCUAUUCUGAUGUGAUGGUCACCUAUACCAUGACCAGCUCCCUGUACUUCAUCACGUUUGGCAUGGGUGCCAGUCCAUUCACAAACAUUGAGGCUGUGAAGGUCUUCUGUCAAAACAUGUGUGUCUCCAUUCUGUUGAACUACUUCUACAUUUUCUCCUUCUUUGGCUCCUGUCUGGUCUUUGCUGGCCAACUAGAGCAAAACCGCUACCACAGCAUCUUUUGCUGUAAGAUCCCUUCUGCAGAAUACCUGGAUCGCAAACCUGUGUGGUUCCAGACAGUGAUGAGUGAUGGGCAUCAACAGACCUCCCAUCAUGAGACAAACCCCUAUCAGCACCACUUCAUUCAGCACUUCCUCCGUGAACAUUAUAAUGAAUGGAUUACCAACAUAUAUGUGAAGCCAUUUGUCGUCAUCCUCUAUCUCAUUUAUGCUUCCUUCUCCUUCAUGGGGUGCUUACAGAUCAGUGACGGAGCCAACAUCAUCAAUCUACUAGCCAGUGAUUCGCCAAGCAUUUCCUAUGCCAUGGUUCAGCAGAAAUAUUUCAGCAACUAUAGCCCUGUAAUAGGAUUCUAUGUAUAUGAGCCCCUAGAGUACUGGAACAGCAGCGUCCAGGAGGACCUAAGAAGACUCUGUAGUGGAUUCACUGCAGUCUCCUGGGUGGAGCAGUACUAUCAGUUCCUGAAGGCCAGCAACAUCAGUGCCAAUAACAAAAGUGACUUCAUUAGUGUCCUGCAAAGCUCAUUUUUAAAAAAGCCAGAAUUCCAGCAUUUUCGAAAUGAUAUCAUCUUCUCCAAGGCAGGGGAUGAAAACAACAUCAUUGCUUCUCGCUUGUAUCUGGUGGCCAGGACUAGCAGAGACAAGCAGAAGGAAGUCAUAGAAGUGUUGGAAAAGCUAAGGCCCCUAUCCCUCUCAAAGAGCAUCCGAUUCAUCGUGUUCAACCCCUCCUUUGUCUUCAUGGACCAUUACAGCUUGUCUGUCACAGUGCCUGUUCUGAUUGCAGGCUUUGGUGUUCUCCUGGUGUUAAUCCUGACUUUUUUCCUAGUGAUCCACCCUCUGGGAAACUUCUGGCUAAUUCUUAGCGUCACCUCAAUUGAGCUGGGCGUUCUGGGCUUAAUGACCUUAUGGAACGUCGACAUGGAUUGCAUUUCUAUCUUGUGCCUUAUCUACACCUUGAAUUUCGCCAUUGACCACUGUGCACCACUGCUUUACACAUUUGUACUAGCAACUGAGCACACCCGAACACAAUGUAUAAAAAGCUCCCUGCAAGAGCAUGGGACAGCCAUUUUGCAAAAUGUUACUUCUUUUCUUAUUGGGUUAGUCCCCCUUCUAUUUGUGCCUUCGAACCUGACCUUCACACUGUUCAAAUGCUUGCUGCUCACUGGGGGUUGCACACUUCUGCACUGUUUUGUUAUUUUACCUGUGUUCCUAACGUUUUUCCCCCCUUCCAAAAAGCACCACAAGAAAAAGAAACGUGCCAAGCGAAAGGAAAGAGAGGAAAUUGAAUGCAUAGAAAUUCAAGAGAACCCUGAUCAUGUCACCACAGUCUGAGGGGUAUAGACCAAUGGAUUAUUUUUCUUUUCCAGUAUUGCACAACGAUGCAGGGCAAGUAAAGCUCAGACCUCAGCUGCUUGGGCUGGCCAGGGGUAACAAGGCAAGUCAGACCAAGAAUGCAUUAUUCAUGACAUGUCAGGGUGUCUGCUUCUUGGGGGGAAGAGGGAAUAAAAAAGAAGGGAAAAGUUCUUUGCAAUCUUGUUCUCUGCUGAAAACAAGUUUCUGCAUGUAGUCUGAGAGUGCUUCCAAGGAAUGGACGACUCAAUAGAGUGUUAAGAUAGCAGGCCAAAAGAACCAACUGCUUUUAAAAAUAAAAUGCUUAGGAGCAAUGGAGAAGCAAGGAAAGGUGUCCUUCAAAUAGGGGGAAAGACAUAGGAAAUGUCAAAAUUGCCAAGGCACUUUUCAUGUUUGUUUUUUGAACAGGUUGGUCAAAGGAAACCUAUGCACUUGGGAAGUACAUAUUUAAUACUGUCUAAACCAAAGGACUUCCCAAUCCACUUUAUGUGUACAUAUAUAUGUAUAUAUCCCAUAUAUACAUAUACUUAGAUUUGUCUUUAGUGUACAUUGACGUUUAUGUGGAGGGAGGUGUCCAUUUGCAGAUAGGAUGGUCUUUCCCUAGAAAGUCAAAUCAACCUUAGCCAAAUAUAUAGACUCAUUAACAGCCAUUCUAAAUCAACCCAAGUGUCUCAGCAGUAAGUGUCAUUCAACUGUGGGAUGAGCAAAAUAAACAGAUGUGAGUUCAUUAGAUUAUGCAUAUCAUGUCAUCAUCAGUCAUCUAGACUUUUGCUUUGGAUGACUUAGCAAAAAAACACAAAAGGCAUUUGAAUUAAUUACUACAUGGACAAGGUUUACAGUUUCAUAUUAGAAAUAAACAGUUGAUAUGGAUUAUCAUUGGCUUUUACUGUAUUUGGAAGGCAGAUAUGGCUGUUUUCAGUGAGUUCACCCAACUGCAAAUGAGCACUUUACACAGAUUAUCCAUACAUGUGUCUAAAGGUGCACAAGUAUGUGUAUGUGAGUUGGGGUAUUCCAUAGUUAUGCCAUUCUUACUUUAGAUAGGGAAAAUAACUGCCAUGGAAUAUGAAUAAUUAACAUAGGAGAAAGGAGACAUAACUAGGGACACUCAUAGAGUGAAAUAGAGUAAAAUGGGUCAUACCCACUCAUCACACGCCAUCUACUGGUUCUUAGUGUAAGGAAACUAUUCUAAUCCUAUAAACUCUAGUAUAUUCCUUGCAUUAGUAUUUGGAACAUAAUCCAGGCCAUGAUCACCAUAGUGGUGGCCACUGUACCAACUGCAGUAUCAUUUUGUAGCUUCUUACAAUAGCGUUGCUCUUGCUCCCUGGAAAGUGCUCCUCAGCUGGCCCCUCCUAGGGUAAUCACAGCUCUCCACAGGUGGCAUAUUAACUGUAACUGCUGCUGAAUUCUUUCUCAAACAAAAGUACUGAGGUAAAUGUUUUCCUUAAGUUAAAGUUUAAAACUACUCCCAAGCAGAUGGACUCAGCCCGUUGGGGGCUUGCUUGGACUAACGCUGUGCUUCCUGUCACAGAAAAUUACUAGAAAAUGCCUUUUCCCAUGCCAAGCAGUAACAUAAUUUAUUUCCAGGUAGGACAGAAUAAAUGUCCAGUGAUUACAAAAUCUGCUAGUAAGCUCUUUUACCUAGAAGAAAGCUACUGUUUCCCAUCAACUUUGUUUCUAUAUUUUAAUCAAAUUAAUAAUAUCUAAAAUAAUGAAACUCCUUGACUCAAUUAUGCUCAGAAAAAAGAAACAAACCAUUUCAUUCUUGUUAUCGUCUCUGGAAAUGAAGUUGGUAAACUAAUGAAGUUACAAAACAAGUGUACUUAGACAUAUAGCUUUCCAGAAUAUAAAAGGGAAAGGGAACAGUCCCUAAAAUGAAAACAUUUAAGCAGCAUUUUAUUUAUUAAAUGGAGUUUGCUUUGUUUUGCCUUGAGGUAAUUGGGUUUCAACAGGAAAUGAUCUAUGUCUUCUCCAUUGUGUCAAUUUGAGUGCAAUAUCUAUAGAUUUCAUAACCAGAGGGUUAUUGUUUUUAUGUUAUUUGUAAAAUCAUGUCACAAAUAUCCCUAGCCUUUGGCCUCAAGAACUGCUGAGCUAGAAUGAACUGGUAUUUGGUAUGAGUAGCCUCCAGACCAUGAUCUCAUAUCUGAAAUAGAAGUUUCUGAGAUUUCUGGUUUGGGUUUUGAUUUUUUGGGGGGUGAGGGUUUUGUGGUGGGGGUACCGGGAGAUGGAGAAUUCCUCUUACAGAUUACCCAUCAUUUUUAAAGAUUUCUAUUUUUUGGCAUCCCUUGCAAAACAUGGGAGAUAAUUGCUUAGAAAGUUCAUUAUCUAUCAUUCCUUUUCUUCCCAUUGUGUGCCGCGCUCCACUCAUUCACCUAUUUUUUAAAAGACUGGCUAUUGGGUUAGUUUUUUAUUGGUUCCUAUAGACCAUUCCACAUGCAAAGAAGAUUGACAGCCUGAUUUACAGAGAAAGAAUCAAACACGCCGGUUGUCAAACGCAUGUGGAGGAAAUGGCAUAUCCUGCAAAACGACCAGGCAGUGCUAAUGUUACGUUUCCAUUCAGAUAGUCUCUAUUUGGAUAGGGAAAAAUGGUUCUUUUUUUUUUUUUUAGUGUAUGUCUUCAAGAAUCAAUGUGUCUAAGACAAAUAUGAAUUUCUCAUUGUUUGAGUGACUAGAGGGCAUUUUAGAAGGAACAUUAUCUUUUCCAGGACACAGUAGUUCUCUUUAGUGAACUGUAGCAAUAAUUUACUGAAAUGGAAUCCUUUGUUCUGGAAGAGUUAAUAUACCACCUAAAAUGCCUUAAUUCAGUCCUAGGAAGAAGUAAUUUAAUACUAAGAAGAAUCUAACAGAGCAUCAUCUGACCUCCACACCUCACUGUGAAACAGAUAUUUUCAAGAAUUCCAUUUCCUGAAUGCUAAGAUACAUCCCAAGAUAAGAGAUCAUGAUUUGCAGGUCACCCCCAAUCUCAACUUUUUUGGUAGUUUGUGUGCACCUCUCUCUAGUUUUUCAAGUUUACACUCAUUAUUUUGUUCAUUUGUAAAGUACUAAUGCCAUUCAAAUUAGGAACUUAUCUAUUGUCAGCAGAUGACCAGUCAACUCCUAGAAGAGGAGAAAUGUGUGGGAAAUAUGUCAGCUUUGUGUAAUAUUUUAUUUAAUUGAAAUAUGUAUGGCCUUAAAGUAAGAAGUUUGAAAAAAACACUCCUUUUCUGUAUUUAAACUGGAAUGUGGAUUUAUUUCCUUCCAUCAGAAUUUAAAUUUGAAUUAGAACGUACCAUGUGAGUUCCACUCUCUUUGAUGUUAUAAACUUCAAAAAGGUAUUCACCUAAAUUACAUAAAGAGAUCAACUAAAAGUUAGAUUCUUAACUCCUUAUGGUUAAAGGUAAUCAUAUGUUAGACCAGGCUUAAUUCUUUUUAAUGAAAGUUAUGUUUAGAUAUUUUCCCAUGAAUUCUUGCAGUGACUAUAAACCUCUUUGAAGGUUGUGCAUAAGUAUUCUAUGAAAGAACUACUCUCCUCUGUCGUUGUAUCAUGUUAGUCGCUCUUUCCUAUUUGAUUCCCAUUUAUUUCCACAGAAUUUAGAUUUUUUACCUUGUGAGGUGAGAGGAAUAAUGAUGACAAGUGAAGUUUUAUGAUGCUAUUAUAGUUCUUCUUGAAUGUUGAAUUCAAGAGAGUAAAAGCUUUGUCCAUUUUGUAAUUAUCUAUUGCACUUUCCCAUAAUAAGCUAAUCCUUCUUGGCUUGUGGUUAGAGCUAGGGAUUAACUAUUGCCAUUCAGAAUUACAUGUAUUUUUAUAAGUUAACUAUAAAUAUCAUAAUUACAGUCACAUAUUUUUAUGACCAAAUAGUUAUGAAUGCACGGCACUAUGCAUGCAUCGUUAUUAAUAGUAUGUAGAUUAUUAAAGACACAAUUUUCAGAGUUAUUGCAACUUUUAUUAAAAUUCUUGCAUCAUCUAUCCAUAAAUGCCUCAUGGCUUUUGGUCCCAAGGGCCUAAAGUCCGCAGAAAGUUCCAUUCCAAGGUAAGCAAUUUAAGAAUUGCCUUCCCUGGGUAUCAGUAGCAGCCACCUCUUCUAGAAUGGCCUUUGGAAAAUCCCAGAAGCCAAAUCUGGCUUCCAGGUAAAGGGCCUACCAUAUUCUGUAUUGGUUAGUAAAUAAAUAUACUUUUUUUGUCUUGUCUUUGCUAAUCUUAUGAUGAAUCAGGGAAUAUAAUGCCUUGAGAAUGGCAUUUAGAUACUGUCAGAGAUUGGAGAAUUCAAUGAUUUGCUCGACAUCCUACCAGAGGAAUCUUUCUGUUCAGUCUGGUUUGCUGGUGUCUGCGAAUGGUAUUAGCAACCUUUGCAAAAAAUGAAUCUGAAAACAGUUACUUAUUUUUAAAAAGCCUCAGAAGCACUUUUCUUCCCUUUAAAAAAAAAAAGGUUUAGCUUUUUCUGGAUUACCAAAAUUUUAUAACAACUUUAUAACAUUGACACAAAACAUAUUUAUGGCUGAAUUGGUAUGCCCUUGAUAUCUCCCCACCUUCAAUCUCAAUAUAAAAUUGAACAUCA